AAGAGGAAAGGGCUUUCAUACUGAGGCUUGGUAUGCGGAUCUGUACUGAGGUCAGCUUUGAAGUGAGUGUGUGAGCUGCAUUUGGGGCUAUUAUACUGAGAAAUAAGGCUAUGCAAUGACUGGAGUCAGAUUAUCACUAAGGGCCUUCAAUAACCUGCAUUUUUAUUCACGGAUCUGCCAAAAGUCUGCGUCAUUUACAUGCAGUACUUCUCAAUGCAGUACGUGUUGGACACAUCAAAGACAUCUGUCAACGUAUUUAACAAACUACAGCCGCUCAGCCAAUGGCUUGUUUAAUGCCAUCUCUGGUAGUUUACAAGCUACACCCCCAGGACCUAUCUGUUUAUAUAAUUGUGUCAGGCACAAAAGUAAGAAAAGUCAAAAAAAGAAUAGACCAGGUACAACUGAAGAGGAUGAAGAUGAGGAGGAGAUGAAUCCAGAAGAUAUCAGUGACUAUGAAGAUGAGCCAGUAGAAGAUCCGGCCAUACCCAAGGACUAUAAAGAUGUAGAAAAGGCUGUGCAGUCAUUUCGUUUUGAUGUCAUCUUUACUGCUGGCUUAGACAUGUCACGAAACAAAGUGGAAGACGCCUUUUAUAGUGGCAAGCUUCGCCUGAAUGGAGAAAAGCUCUGGAAGAAAAGUAGAGCGGUCAAAGUCGGAGAUAGUUUGGAUUUAGUUCUAGAAGAAAACCGUGAAGAUGCAACUACAAUAGUUAUGAGAACUAUUCUAAAAGAAGUGCAAAAAGAAAAAACUUCAACAGACAAAUACAAAGUUGUGCUGAGGCGAUGGAAAAGACUGACUGUUCAAAAGACUCCAGAAGCUCCAAAGUUCCCAGAAUGAGCAUCAAUUACUCAGAUCUGACAUUUAAAAAAA